CACCACCACCACCACUACCACCCCCCCUCCGUCUGUCAGCGCUGCAGUCAGUCAGUCAUGUUGUGCUGCUAGUUGUUGUUCAGUAGCACCACACUGACUGGUGCGCAAACUGAAAGCUGCGUUACAGUGUUAAUAGCAAGUGACGGAUAUAAGCGACGUGUGUGCGGGCUACUGUUACUGUAUCUCCAGCAGCACUGCUCAAGGCUUUGCAAGCCGCGUUGGAAGAGUGGAUGGGAUAGAAAAAAAAAAAAAACACCAGAGCCAGAGCAAACCCUGCUCGUCUCGGGACAGGAGUGUAAAAACCUCUUCUUGCGAGGAAGAGAGUUGUUUGCUCCGUCUCUUCUCUCCUCUCGUCGAUAUUAUUUUAGAAAGGGGUUCCCUCGAGUGGAGUGGCGAAACAUCGGCGACAUUCGUGUUUAUUUCCUCUAGUUGAGCUGCAUCGGUUAACCAGUCGGACGAGGCAGACUUGCCUUACCUAGCCAUUUGGAAAACAAGGUGCCCCGACUGGCUCCUCACACCAUUGAAAAUUAAACCGUGCCAACCACACAGAGAGAGCUACGUUACGGCCCCGUGGAGAAGCAUGUGAUGACUCACGCAAGGCAGAAGGGUUCCCUCCGGCAGAGCCACAGUAGCGUUGAGUGGUGGGACAACUGCCCUCUCUGGCCACAUGGUGGCACUAUGGGCGGCGCCUGGCCAGAGCGCUCACUACGAUUCGGCAGGACAAAGAAGAUAAGCAAGGUCAUCAAACAAGGGAAAGACAUGGCCAAGAAGAUGAAUGACAAGAGAGGAAGAACCAAAAAAUCAGAUCAGAACAGAAAGCUGGACCGGAGGCGUGACAAGAAACGGGACAGGAAAUCGUAUCCUUUGAGGGGGAGGACUGGGGGCUCAGAUGGAGAGGGGCUUAGCUGCCACGUCCUCCUCACCCGGUUGGAGGAAAGCAUCCGCGAACAGAAACGUUCUGAAGAAAAGGAGAGGAAGUUAUCUCUCAAACACAAAUCCAGAAAAGGGAAAAGUAGUGAAAGAAAAGGAAAAAAGUUAUUACCAAAAACUAAAUCAAAGUCAAACAGCCCAAGUCAAAGCGAGUGUAUCCAUGUCCCGCAACCACGCAAGCGGCGACUGGCCUCUCUGAAUGCUGAGGCAGUGAACAGUCUACUGCUUGAAAGAGCCACUGACCCUCAGCCGGCAGCCAAACAGGCUAAGAGACAGGAAGAGCCCAUGAGUGGAGGAGGUUCCCUGGAUGCAGAUUCAUCCAGGAGUAGCCUCCAUGGAGGUCCCAAGGCUUCACGAGGAAACACCAGUAAAGCCUCCACAUCUCACAAACUUGAACUGUGCCAAAGCUCUAAGCAGGUCAAGAAGGCCAAAGCCAACAGAGGAGACGAGAGCAGGGGGAUGAGUCUGGAGAGUCUGGAUGCCCCCGCCCCAAGACGCUUGGCUGGUCUCAACGCCGCAGCCCUGCUGAAGUUAACCAGCUCGUCUGCUACAAGUAAACAGAGAAUGAAGGCUGCACCCACAGCUACUGUCACAUCAGACGGCAAGGCUCCGGCUGCGGUCCCAACUCCAAAACAGCACUCCAGAGUCAAACACAAAGGGCGGUCGCAUAACCAGAAGGGGAAAAAGGACUCUCCCUUGCACAGUGGCUGCACAGCUUGCAAAAAGAAGGCGGACUUUGAGCCCAAAGUGGAGUGGGAGACAGGCAGCUGCACUCACAGACUGACCAAACCCGGCUACCAGUCACGCAGCAUGCUAGCAUACCCGUUAAAGCAAGUGAAGGAAGAGCAGCUGGAAACCGAACUGAGCCCGUACUACUGCUGUCCCCCAGAGGGUUCAAUGGAAUACUGUCACCGCUUGGCCUUCUUCCUGGGCCAGCAGCCCUACGGAGAGUCGGACGAUCAGCCACUUAACUCAGCCAUGACCCCUGUGAAGCGCGAGUGCCUCGUAACCUCACCGUCCCUGACGCAUUCUCACCCGCACACAGCCCUGACUCUCAGCCCCCACCCUUGCCUCUGCACUGCCGACCACUGCUUCUCCAGCUACUACGUUCACAUCGCCCACCCGACACACACUGGAACGACGUCAGCGAGCCUGGCCCCUCGACCUCUGAACUUUGCCCCAUCCGGUUUGUGCCCUAAUCAGAUGACCGGCUCCAAGCUGCUGGGUCCGCGGAUGUCCCACUCUUCGGGGCUGCCCCAUCCUGCCUACUGCAACUCGGUGGCUUCACCCUGUUAUAGUGAAGCCUGUGGGAUCGGCGGCUACACCUACAGAGCCAUGCCUCCCGUCACCAGCAGGGGUUGUUCUUUUAGCACAGGAUGCACUGGAUGCACACACAGCAUCAAAACAGAGGGUUACACCUCCCCUCAGGGUGACCACAGCCCCUCACUCCUGGUUCCCCCCUCCAUGCCCAUCUCCAGCUGCCCUUUAUCCAGCGUUCCCACUUCCACCCAGGCUAAACCCCACCUGCUGACCCCACUGUCGGGGCGAGACCAACCCCAGGCCAGGCUGAAGCUGGGCAGAGAAUGCCCACAGAGCACCAAACCCUCCAACGGCUCCCUGUCCAUGGGCCGCACACGGGUGCCCCAGAAACAGCCGUCGCCCGUGCCAAGCCUCAGUGGCGCCAAGCAAAAGAGAGUCAGCCGCAGACGUGCCACCAACGGCUGGAGGCCUGUUGGGAUGCCCACAGAGAAGGAGGUUUUUAUUGCGGGAGAGGAUGAGACGGCCCUGCGGCAGUGUUAUGAAGGAGUCGAGAGGGACGGUGAAGUGAUACAUGUCAGAGACACUGUGCUGCUACGAUCGGGCCCCAGGAAGAAAUCCCUCCCGUAUGUUGCCAAGAUAUCAGCACUGUGGGAGGACCCCAAAACAGGAGAGCUGAUGAUGAGUCUUUUCUGGUACUACCGACCCGAGCACACACAGGGAGGCCGAGAUCCCGGCGCACACUGUGAGAAUGAGAUUUUCGCCUCACGGCAUCAGGAUGAAAAUAGCGUGGCCUGCAUAGAAGACAGAUGCUACGUUCUCCCAUUAGCCCAGUACUGUAGAUUUUGUGCCUUGGUGAAGCGGCGUGCCGAGGGCGCCCCACCUGGCAGCGCCAGCAUGGUGCCCUGCUGCCCCGACUUCGCCCCCCCUUCCCACCGCUGUGUGCCCACAGAUGUCGACCCCGAGCUGGUGUAUCUCUGCCGGCACGUCUACGACUUCCGCUACGGACGCAUCUUGAAGAACCUGCAGUAGAAGGGGAGGUGGCGUCGGACCCAUGAAUUAAUCAUCACGUAGCUCCCCCCCCCCCCCCUGCUGCACAGAGGGGGGGCUGAAGGACUGAACACCCCUGUCUUUUUCUGCUGGGGACCUCACGA